AUGCACCGGAGCGGGGAGAAAAGGAUAUCAUGCAAGCGAUGUCAGACACGAAAGAUUAGAUGUUCCCGAACCACACCCUGUCGUAGCUGUGCAACCGCUGGGGUCAAGUGCGAAUUCCGAUCGGAUGAUUGGAAGCGCGUCCCUGUCUCCCAAGAGUACGUGACUGCGCUGGAAGGCCGGGUGGCCAGUCUAGAGUCGUUCUUGUCAAACAUAAAGACCUCGACGGGCGACCAGCGCGACGAAAUCAUCAGUAGCAUUGACGUCGACGACCACUUGCCCACCAGGGUCGACGACCGCACACGCCCAGCGACUUUGUCCUUUGAGGACGUCGAAACAUUCACACCACCGGGACACUGGGACAGAACCGCAGAAGGCUUUUCAAUCUUCCAUCGAGCGGGUAGCGCCUACGGUACGGGACUGAUUCAAUCAUGCCCAUCGUCCCCACAGCCGGUGUCCAAUACGUGGGUACACAGCAACAUCUCCGGUAUACCUGGUCUCGUGGUGGAUGAAUGUAUCGAUCUGUUCUUCCAAUGGCAACGACCUUUUUGUCGGAUACUGGAUAGAGAUUCGAUCCCGUCCCGCACGGGCAACUUCACGGGGCCCCUUUCCGGACUCGUCCAUGCCGUCUGUGCCCUGGGAGCUCUCAUGUCUCACGACCAGAACAUCAAGCAUUUGGCGCCGUUGUUCAUUGCCGCCGCGGAAAAUGAGAUCGCAAAGUCAUUCCACACCCUCGACGUGACGACCACUCAAACUUUCCUGUUGUGCGCGGUUUUCGAGAGUGGAAGGGGAAACGUGUCCAAAGGUUGGAUGUAUUCGGGCGUGGCUCUCCGUAUGGCCGAAGCUCUUGGUAUCCACGAGGAUCACCUACCACCACCACCACCACCACCACCACCACCACCUGUCUCGGAGACAGGACCCUCAGGUACGCUGCCCGUCGACUUUGAGUCGCGGCGGCGUAUGUCUCUAACCCUAGCUAUAUCCGAUAAGAUGUUGAGUCUCUUCUUCGGUCAGACGCCGAUGAUGAAUAAUCCGGUCGAAUGCGAUCUGGACGCGAAGUCGAUUGAACCUAUGAUGCCGAGUUGCCCGUCUGAUGAUGAUGACGACUCGGGAGGCUUUUACAGUCUUCUACUCCAGAAACAGGCACAACUUGCAGCAAUUAUAGGAGAUCUUCAAAAUCACACAUACUUGUCAAGGCGGCGGAAACCUUCCCGAUGGAGCGAGGCUGUAAAUGGAACAGUCCACAACAAACUAAACGCUCGUCUACUAGGCUGGUACAAUUCUUUACCCAGCGAACUGCGUUGGAGUAGGUGGACCUCGAAUAUUGAGACUCUCGAUCCAGGCCUAGCGACCACGCAUGUUCUCUACCAUAUUGUGCGGCUCGCAUUGAACAGACCUCUGCUGGCCGUGCAGCAGCAGCACCACCAUCAUCCGCCACAUACACAGCAUCCGGCGGCUGUUGCCAAUCAAGCAUCAGACAUUUGCGAAGAUUCUGUCGAGACGAUUGUCGGCAUCCUCCGCCGAUUCAGAGUCCAGCAUACUCUGAUGAACGCACCACUUGUCUUUGUGCACGGAGUCAUCGCCGCCGCGGACACAACACUGGCAAUAGCUUCGAGGAAAUCGCAACAGGUUCACUCGCCACGCCACCUGCAGGAGAAGGACAGUCUUCUCCCGUUCCUGGACAUGCUCCUGUCUGAGCUGUCCUAUUCGUGGAGUGUCGCCGACAAUGCCAGGGAUGGUCUGAGGACGCGUUUGCAGCAGCAGCAUCAAAUGCAAAUUGGAGCUCUCCAAAGAGAGGACAAGUGCUUCAGCUCGCCGUCAAUGUCGACGACCACCGAAUAUUCAUCCGAGUUCUCGGACUUCCAACAGUCGACGGAUCUGACAACCACGUCGGAUUUUGGGAGUGGUACAGUGUUGCCGCAAGAUCCUCCGCCGUGGCCUGGGCCUGGGCCGAAACAGCGGUUGGAUCUAGAGAUCCUCGGAGCGACCGACUUGGAGUUUGACCUUGCAAACGUUUUUCAGUACGGUGGCGGCGGCGUGUCUGAAAUGUACACCUUUUGA